AUGGAAUACAACUUCAUCACCGCAUCAGACGGCUGCCGCCUAGCCUAUGCCUCUACCUCUCGAACAAAUUCCCACCAACCCAACACCUGUAUCCUGCUAAUGCACGGCUUCAGCGGCUCAAGUGCGUACUUCAAGCACAACACUACUGCUCUAGCCUCACAGUUCUGGGUUGUUGCACCGGACAUGCGUGGCCACGGCCGCUCCGACCUCACGCCCGGCGGGUACCACGUCGCCCGCCUCGCCGCCGACCUGCGCGAACUCAUCCUACAUCUUCGCGGCCAGCAAAGCAGCAAUGACAUCAGGUUCUUCCCCGUAGGCUGCUCGAUCGGCGCGGCUGUGCUGUGGACGUAUGCCGAGCUCUUCGGCGACAAAGACUUCGCUGGCUUGAUCUUCGUGGAUCAGGCGCCAUUGCAGAAUCGCAGUCCUCGCGGUGAUUGGAACGAAACGAAAGCGCACACAGGUUGUUAUGAUCUGCAAACAAUUCUUGCCGCACAGCAUGCCUGGGCGACUGACCGAGUGAACGCGCAAAAGGGGCUGAUCGAGGGAUGCUUAGGCUACUACCAUCCCGACUAUCCAGGAUCAAAGCCCUCACAGGACAGGCAGAAAGCAGACUUCGAGUUCUUCAACGCGAUCUCAUCGCAAUGCCCGAGCGGGGAGUGGCUCGGUCUGCUCAUCGCAGACCACACGGCGUACGACCACCGCGAAGCACUUGAAUUGGUACGCGUCCCCACGUUGGUAAUAAUGGGUCGUUACUCGGGCUGCUUCCCUCUGGAGGGCAUGCGCGAAUCGGUCAGACGGAUCAACGGCGGCAGCCAGGCCAGAGGAGGGCAGCCGCUGGCUAAGGAGAGCGUCUACGAGUGCGGACACUGGCUAUUCUACGAGGACGCCGAGCGAUUCAACAAAGAAGUGCUGGAGUUCGUGGCUAGUCUAGGAGCGUGA